GCUGCGUUGUUUUUACGGCGGAACGUGCGUAGCGCCUCUCGUCUGUACGCAGUUGUCGUUGCGGAGCUCCCUCCUGACAGCAGGUGAGGUCAAAUGCAGGAGAGAGGAGCGGAAGUGGUUUGCUGACAGGUGGAGAGAAGUUGUUUCAGCUCCCAUGGAACAAAUGGACGACGUGAAAACGGUGCUGGUCGAGAGCCUCAUCGUUUGGCUGCAGACCUUUAACACUACUGCACCCUGCAGAACAGUGGAGGAGCUGACCACUGGAGUGGCAAUUUCACAGGCACUGCAUCAGAUAGACCCAGCAUGGUUCGAUGAUGGAUGGCUUGGUCGCAUCAAAACAGAUGUUGAGGACAACUGGAGACUGAAGAUGAACAACCUGAAGAAGGUCCUUCAGAUGGUGGUUGAUUAUUAUAAUGAGGUCUUAGGUCAGGAGAUCUCAGACUUCCCUUGGCCAGAUGUGGCCCUGGUGUCAGAGCAUUCAGACCCUGUGGAGUCGGGGAGGCUGCUGCAGCUCAUACUGGGCUGUGCUGUCAGAUGUGAGCGUAAACAAGAAUACAUUCAGAUCAUCAUGACUUUGGAGGAGUCCGUGCAGCUUGUUGUCAUGACAGCCAUCCAGGAGCUCAUGAGUAAAGAGACCAAGGGCCCAUUUGGAGCAGAGCAGUCAGGGGACCUUGAACAGCAGUUAAAAAAAUCCUGCGAGGACCUUGCUGAACUUUUAGCCGAGAAGGAAGCACUAGCCCAACGCUGUCAAGAGCUGGAUAUACAGGUGGCCGUACUGCAAGAGGAACGAAAUAGCCUAUUGGCUGAGAAUGAUGUCUUAACUGACAGAGCCAAUCAGCUUGACACAUUCGAUGACCCUAGCACACCCUCAGGAAGAAAACACAGCCAAUUACAGCAGCAGCUGGAGACACUGCUGGAGGAGAACUUCAGGCUGGAGGCUGCAAAGGAUGACUACCGGAUCCACUGUGAAGAGUUGGAGAAGCAGCUAAUUGAGGUGCAGCACCGUAAUGAUGAGCUCACCAGCCUGGCAGAAGAAUCUCGAGCUCUCAAAGAUGAACUGGACGUUCUGAGAAACUGCUCAGAUCGAGUGGUGAUGCUGGAGGCCUCAGUGGAAACAUACAAACGUAAACUGGAGAAUCUGGGUGAUCUGAAGCGGCAGAUGAAGCUGCUGGAGGAGAAUAACAUGACAUACAUGCACAACACUGUCAGCCUGGAGGAAGAGCUACGCAAGGCCAAUGCUGCCCGGGCGCAGCUGGAGACGUACAAGAGACAGGUCCAGGAGUUACACAAUAAGCUGUCUGAGGAGACGAGGCGAGCGGACACUCUCGCCUUUGAGAUGAAGAAGCUGGAGGAGAAGCACGAAACUGUGAUGAAGGAGAAAGAGAGGAUCAUCAUUGAAAGAGAUUCUCUGAAGGAGCUCAAUGAGGAGCUGCGAUGCACUCAGGCUCAACAGCACCAGCUCUCCCAAGCUCAAGCAGGGAUAAUUCCUUCUGCCAGCCCCAGCCAUGAUAACCUGGCAGCUGAAUUAAUACCGAUUGAGUACAGGGAAAAGUUCAUCAGGCUGCAGCAUGAGAACAAGAUGCUCAGAGUGCAGCAGGAGGAGAAUGAGCAGGAGAAGAUCGCUUCUCUGCAGGCUCAGCUGGAGGAAGCACAUAAGACGCGCAGUGAACUGGACACUGAGAACAGAUUGAGCCGAGAGCGGAUCAGUGAGCUGCAGCAGCAGGUGGAGGACCUCCAGAAGGCUCUGCAGAGUCAGGCGGCAAAACCCGAUGAUUCAAACCUAAAGCGGAAACUGGAUGCACACAUGGUUCAGCUGAACGAGGCUCAGGAUGAAAUCAUGAAGAAGAAAGAGCUGCUAGAGGAUCUUCAGCCUGACAACACCCAGACCUCCUUGAAGGUGGAUGAGCUGAUGGCUGCUCUGAAGAAGAAGGAUGACGAUAUGCGCGCCAUGGAAGAGAGGUACAAAAUGUAUCUGGAGAAAGCUCGUAAUGUGAUCCGAGCACUGGACCCGAAGUUGAAUCCAGCCACCGCUGAGAUCCAGGCUCUGAGGAACCAGUUGGCAGACCGGGACAAGCAGAUGGUCAUCCUGGAACGUCAGUGUGAGCAGGCCCGGCUGAAAGAGUAUGAAGAGAAGCUGAUUGUCACAGCGUGGUAUAACAAGAGUCUGACCUUUCAGAAGUUGGCCAUUGAGUCGCGUCUUGGUGGCCGCACCUCCUCCGUGCUGUCCCCUGGCCAGUCCUUUUUGUCCCAGCAGCGGCAAGUCUCAAACGCCCCACGCCGGGCGCUCUCCAUCAGCGUGCCUGCCACCACCUCCAAAUAGACCUUGUCACAGAGCCAAAUGUCUCACCUUUGUUCAGUGAAGGGGAAAAAUACCCUCCCUCCAUCCCAAAAGUGAGCACUCAAGUGACCUUAAACACUACAUCUGCUCUCAGGGUCACACAGUGGGAGUGUGGCUCGAUGAGCACUUACUUAUAAAACAAAACCCUGUAAGUCACCAACCCGUGGUUAGAGUAUACUGUCCCUCUCUUGCAUAGAGCGUUAACCCACAACCUGUGUUCACCUCACUAGCUAAAGUUGUGCACACGCUCCCUACCACAGACUUAGAGCUUCAUACUUCUUCGUGUUUCUGCUGCAGUCUCAGCCGAACACUUAGCCUUUGCUUUCUUAUAUCCUGUCACACUUGGUCAGAAAUGAGGGACGUGAACAAGUUUUAUUCAGAAUUGGAGACUGUAAAAUAUAUGAAUGUGAUUUAAAAAAAAAAAAAGUUACUUGAAUGGUAAUGACAACUAAAUGUAAGUUAAAAUGAUUGUUGAUGUACGUAGAACAGAUGCAUCAUACUAUGCAGUGAAGAGGGGACCUUUAAGGAAAUGAUUGCUAUAUUUGGUGCUGGCCACCAACUGUUUUGGGCAUCAAACAUCAGUCACUUAGUUUUUUUUUCUUCUUUUUAAUGGAACAAGCCCAUAAUACAUAGCUGUGAAAACCUUAUAAGUCACAUUAAGUGAUCAACCUCUGAGGUGCUGCAACGACAAAUCACACAAAAUAAAUCCAGGACUCGUGUAUUUCUCAUGUCUUUAGGCUCUUAAAUGUCAUUAGACUCCUACAGGGAGCAUUGUCUAAAUGAAAAGUGACAGACUUUUUUUAUUCACUGAAUAUGUUGAGCUUUAUGUAGUGGGAAGUGAUCAGGACUAUAAUCAAUGAAGUCGUACUGCUGUAAUGUAAAGAUGAUUUUAACACCAGCGCCUGAUCCUGAUGUUGGGACCAGGUUCAGGAUUCAUACAAUUGUAACUGUAGAGUUUUGAUCCCUAUAGAGCUGCAGAGAAGCAGUUGUUCCCUUUGAUAUCUCCGGUUAUUGGCCAUCUGAUCUGAUGGAGUCUUAAGUUCAAUAGCUGUUGAUUGAUUGUUGAUUGCUUUGUUCAUCUCCUGUGUUUGCAGUAACACUAAAGGGUCAUUUCUGUCUUCAUGGUUUUGCCGUUUUCUGAUCUACAGAUGUUUGUUAAAGCGCUUUUAUUUUCCUUUGCAAUGGCUAAUUCUUGUACAUUGCUGAUUUAAAAGUAGUGUCAUAUAAAAAUUAGAAGUACGAUCAAACGUAUAGCAGCACACAGACCACAUGUGUAGUGUCACAGGUUUGUGUACAAAUGAAGAAAAGUGAGGAAGGCAUUGUGAAAUUUUAAAGCCUUUGGUUUUUUUUGUGAAUAAAUAAAUAAAUCAUUUUUUCUAAAGUGUCA